CAUCCUGUGACCUUUGCCCUCCCAGGGUCAGAAGGUGAGGUCCAGCAGUUCCCGCAGGAGUCCCAGCUGCGGCUCAUCCUGGUUGGGAGAACGGGGACAGGGAAGAGUGCCACGGGCAACAGCAUCCUGGGCCAGCAGCGCUUCGUGUCGAGGCUGGCAGCCACGUCCGUGACCAGCACCUGCGAGGCCGGCAGCAGGCAGUGGGCUGGGUGGCACGUGGAUGUCAUCGACACCCCGGACAUCUUCAGCACCCAAGUGCCCAGGACGGACCCCCGGUGUCUCGAGCGAGGGCGCUGCUACCUGCUGUCCUCCCCUGGCCCCCAUGCCCUGCUGCUGGUCACCCAGCUGGGUCGCUACACCAGGCAGGACCAGGAGGCGCUGGGCAAGGUGAAGGAGCUGUUCGGGGAGGGCGUGGUGGCCAGGAUCGUGGUGGUCUUCACCAGGAAGGAGGACCUGGCCGGCGGCUCCCUGCAGGAGUACGUGCGCCUCACCGACAACCUGGCCCUGAGGAAGCUGGUGGACGAGUGCGGGGGCCGCGUGUGCGCCCUGGACAACCGGGCCACCGGCCGCGAGCGGGAGGCCCAGGUGCAGGAGCUGCUGGGCCUGGUCACCGGCCUGGUGAAGAAGCUCGGGGGCACGCACUACACCAACCAGGUGUACGACGUGGCGCAGUCACUGCGCACCACCCACCCCGAGCAGCGGCUCCAGAGGGUGGCGGAGGCCGUAGCUGCCCGUGUGCAGAGGUCCCCGGGGUCUUGGCUGCUGGCAGGGCUGUGGCAGUGGCAGAAGUCACACAGGACCCUCUGGAGACGGGGCAUGGCUGUCCUGCUGGGUAUCUUUCUGGUCUAUGUGCUGUUUGGCAAGCGCCAGCCAGAAGCCGUUGGUGACCUGAAGGACGGGUGGCCUGCACCUUAAAAAAAUGGCUACAACCAGGGCUGGGAAGGUGGCUCAGUGGUAGAGUGCUGGCCUUGCAUGUAU